AUGGCCGGCGGACGCAAAGCAAAGCCAGCACCGCCAGCCCGGCCUGCAAACACGCUCAUCGUAGACAAUGGCGCGUACACGUUGAAGGCCGGCAUCAUCACCGACGGUCAGGUCACCGAACCUCGAAUCAUCCCCAACUGCAUUGCACGCGAUCGGUCGAGAAAAGUCUAUCUCGGAACCGACAUUGCGAAAUGCCGCGACUUUGGCGAGAUACAGUUCCGGCGACCCGUUGAGAGGGGCUUCAUCGUCAAUUGGGAAGCCCAAAAGGAAAUUUGGGACCAGGAAAUAUUUGACAAUGCAGCCACCAAGUGCGAUCCCUCUGAGACGCGUCUGAUUCUCGCCGAGCCUCCCAAUGGGCUACCGGUACUGCAGACGAAUUGCGAUCAGGUAGUUUUCGAGGAAUACGGCUUCACCAGCUACUAUCGAGGCAUCGGCUCCAGCUUCAAUGCCUACCACGACAUUCAAAACCUGUUUCGCACCCCGAAAGACACACCCACUGCAGCAAACGUGCCCGCAGAGGUCAUGCUGGUAAUCGAUUCGGGAUACUCUCACACGACCAUAACGCCCCUGCUCCGAGGGCAACCGCUACACUCUGCAGUCCGACGACUCGAUGUUGGCGGCAAGCUGCUCACCAACUACCUGGCCCGCCUCCUUUCCCUCCGGCACUUCGACAUGCGCAAUGAGACAUACAUCGUCAAUGAAAUGAAGGAAACGGCAUGCUACGUGACGCCCGACUUCAAAUCAGAUCUCGAGAAGACAUGGAAGGGCACAAAGGGCGAGAAACGACCGUCGUAUAUAUCCGGCGCUGGCAUUGUCAAAGACUACGUACUGCCAGACUUCCACACGCACACCAAGGGAUCUAUGCGCGAUUAUGACCCCACGAGACAUGGCAAGGCGAGAAAACUAGCUGCGGCAGGACAGACGGACGAAGAUGUCUUGACCUUGCGAAACGAAAGAUUCGCCGUUCCAGAGCUCAUAUUUAAUCCCAUGGAUAUGGGUAUGCGUCAGCCUGGAUUAGCGGACUUGAUUCAGCAGUCCCUACAAGAACUCCCCGUGGGACUUUGGCCCGGUCUUCUGGCUAAUAUAGUGGUCGUUGGAGGCAACACCAUGUUCGAUGGGUUCAUACAGCGUCUCCAAAAGGAGGUUGUGCAACGAGUCCCAGAUGACUGUGUCGUGCGGGUUGCGAGGCCUGCUGAUCCAAUCACUAGUACGUGGGUUGGUGCAGCUAAUCUUGCUAAUCAUGCGAAUAUUGAGAAACUCGUCGUUACCAAGAAGGAGUAUGAGGAACUGGGUUCUGCGUUGGUGGCGCGUAAAUUCGCUGUUGGGCUGGAACUGACCUGA